UAUCUGCGCUACAAUUGGUCGAGCCCCAGUGAAUAAGCACAUUUGUCAUAACCGGUGUCUAAAUAUCUCGAGUCACUGUGACGAAACGAACGCUGAAUACUGCGUUGGACCUGUCAAACUUUCGUGGUUACUUUGUUAAAAUACUUUGUGUUCGUUGUGUGGAUGUGUAAUACGAUGAUGACGAUGAGACUGUGAGACAGCAAAACAGUGAAGUCUGUAUUUUCGAGUCGAUAAACUCAAGAUAGAUUGCGUUUGCCAACAGUAGCGUUGCGUUUUUGUUUGUAAACAAUACUUUAUUCUGAAUCAGUUGCCAUGGCUGAUGGAAGUUCCUACACAGUGCAACUGUUCGUUUAUGACCUGUCAAAAGGACUGGCCCGUCAGCUGAGCCCCAUGAUGUUAGGGAAGACAGUCGAGGGAAUAUGGCACACUGGUAUAGUGGCUUACGGGGAAGAGUUUUUCUUUGGAGGAGGAGGUGUUACAAGCUGCUAUCCAGGUUGUACUAUUCUUGGUAUGCCUGAUUCCACAGUGGACCUCGGAAACACAGAAGUUCCCCGAGACCUUUUUCAGGAAUGGCUGUCUUCGCUCGGGGAGUCCACUUAUAGACCUGAAAAAUACCACCUUUUUGAACACAACUGUAACACCUUCAGCUCUGAGGUUGCACAGUUUUUAACAGGAAAAAAGAUUCCCUCAUACAUCACGGAUCUUCCAUCUGAAGUUCUCUCUACACCUUUUGGACAAGCGCUCCGUCCUCUUCUGGAUUCAAUCACCGUCACUCCAUCUGGGAACAAUGGCAUGAAUGGAUAUGGCCAGAGGUAGAAGAUCUGGCUGCGUCUAAGAAUGUAUUAAAACAGCAGUCAUGAAGAGUCACAUUGUGCCUUUCGAGAUCUAAAAUAGCUUUUAUAUAAAGCAGGGCUUCAAGUUUUUCUGCUCAGUGCCUUUUCAUAAAGUCAUACGUUUUUCAGUCUUUUUUUAUGUUAUCUUCAGUGAUCUGCUGUGUAGACAGAGGGACCAAUUAAUGUGUAUUGUUGACUCUUCAGAAUAGGAUUUACAAAUCCACUCGGACAAACAACCAGUGGAUAGAACAUGUGGAAGAGGACAUUUUUACCAGGACUGCAGGUGAAUUUUAGAAUAUACAAAAGCUAAGUGCUAUGAAAGGGAUAGCAUACCCAAAAAUGAACAUUCUGUCUUACACAUAUUUCAUUUUUAUAAAACCUGUUUGGGUUUCUGUUAAGCACAAAAGAAGAUAUACUGAAAAAAUGUUGUAAAGUAGCAGCAAUUGACUUCCAUACUAUUAUUGUUCCUACUAUUUAUGUCAAUAGCUUCUGGUUUCCAAUGUUCUUCAGAAUAUGUUGUUUUGGGUUUAACGGAUGUCAGAAAUUCAUAAAUGUUUAAAGUCCACAUGAACCGGAAACUGUGACAGUUUUUUUUUUAAUUUCAUAUUUUGACACAGUUUCUAGAGAAAUGGAAUAUUAAAUGAGAAACCAGUGAGCAAGGCUUGUUUUUCGAUGUUCAUUUUGAUUGGAUGUAGCAAAGUAGGCAUUUCAUUCAGAAAGUUCAGGAAAAGGGUUUGGGAAGAGUUAUUACAGCCUAACAGACACCUCCUCCUCACCAUUUCUGUUUGUUGUCAAAACUAACAGUUGGAGGGGCGUGUAAAAUAUGUUAACCACGCCCAAUAUCUCAAAAUCACGUAAUCUGACAAUUUAACUGAAAACAAAAAACAGGAAGUGCAUUUUCAUAUUUUAAAUUUAGAUUACAAAGAGUAAACAAUUUAAUGACAAUGACCUGCACAGAUGAAUUGUUCACCCAAAACUGGCAAUGUGAGCUAACAAAAUCAUAUAGUUAGUUUUGAUUUCAUUUACACUUUAAAACCACAUGAGUAAAUGUGAAGAAAUGUACAUUUUUGGGUCAACUAUCCCUUUAAGCCUGUUAGAAUGCAGUAAGACACCCCUAUAUGCCAGGCUAAGAAUGUAGAAAUAUCCCUGUGUGGGAUUUGUUUUAAGAUAAUUAUAGUAAGUCGUUACGUUAAGUUAUAAUUACCAAAGCACACUUGCUGCUAUUUAAAAGAAAAAAAGUAAAAAAAACAAAACAUAGAUAUAUAAUGUUUUCUCUAUAUUGCAAACUGCAAGCCAAAGCUAUUUUACUAAGAAAUUGUAGCAGGAUUCCCCUCAUUGGUCUGCAGGUGUCUCUGUCCUACCUCAACAUGAUCUGUAACUUCAGAUGCUUUCAGAGAAGUAGAGGAUGAAAAUGAGGUUGCAGAUUAGUACAAAAUAUGCUAUUGUGAUUAAUACUCACAUCAAGAGUGCAAUCCUAUUAAAAAUGCAUACAAUUGUUACUGUUAGAUUAAGUGGGUAAAUGUUUUUGAGAUUUUUUAGAUUUCUAACUUGUAUUUCCAUACGUUUAAUCAGUUCUUUCCUUUGUAUUUAAAAAAAGAUUUUUGACUAUUAAUACUUGCGUUCAUCUCAAAAUGAAAAUCUGUCACGAUUUACUCAAACUUCUGUCAUUCAAAAUCUAUUAGAAAAUUGAGAUGAAAGUAUUUUUAGUUAAAGGUUUUCUGAAAGACCUGAUCACACUCUAAAAUGAAUGGAUAUCAUUUGGGUUUUUAUUCACAAAAUUCACCAGUGUUUAUGGGUGUGAAUAAACAAUAACAGAAUAAAAUAUUUUGGUGAAUUAACAUUUAUAUUCUUAUAAAUGAAUAUAUAUAUUGAAUAUAACCUCUGGUUUCAUAUAUACUCUUAAGGUUUACGGGGACAAAUCACAUUACAGCAAGCACAAUAAUAGUGUCACAAAUAUGAAGUUAACCGAUAUUUUACAAAAUAUGACAAGCAAUGGACCCAAUAGGGCAUUUUUUGUAUUUCUUUUUCAGUUUAGUCAUUACAAACAAAUUACUUUGCCAUGAUACAAUGAGACAUGUGCACGAUUUUUAAUCAAAAGUUUCAGAAUGUCUGAAUUUUAUAUAUAAAAUACAUUUUAUUCUUAAUCUCACUGUCUAUAGUCUACCCCAUGGUCUAUUUAGCAAGUUCAUGUUCAGCUGUCUAAGGUCUGAGCUAUACUGUUUGUAACUUGAGCUCUUAAUUCCUUUCUGCUUCAUAUAUGUAUCUGUGUAUUAAAUAUAAUCUUGUCUCUAUUGAAAGACAAAUUAAAACAUGACAGUUUAAAGAA